AUGACUUGCCCCAAAAAGAUAUGCCCCAAUCUUCCCCUUAACCCUGUACCCCUCCUUUACCUUCAACCAUUAUGGCACGUCGGAGGCAUUCCCCAAGUCCAUCAGAAUCAUCAAGCUCAUCCUCAAGUGAAUCAGAGCACUCUCGACCCACUCGCAAGCAUUCUACUAAGCAGAAGAAAUCACAUUCAUCAAAGUCGGAUGAUGAGAAAUGAAAACAAGAAAGAAUCGAAAUCAGAUUUGCAUGAAGAGUACCUUGCAGCUGCGCGCUGCAUCACACGAUGUGUUGACAUGUUUUGCAAGAUUGAUAAGGUCAUCGACAUUGGCACCCUACUGAAACAAUGCAAACUUGCCGAUUCUGGAGACAUAUCUGAGGAUGAGGAUGAAGCAGCUCAUCAAGAGAAGCAGUUAUCAAAACUAUCUCAGAAAACACGGGAUAGGUACCAGCAGAACUAUAAGUGCUUACUAGAGCUUGCACCGGGCUUGAAACCUCUCAUAGCCGGCUCAAAAGACCCGAAGAAAGCCUCGGAACUCAGGAGAAUCAUCCGAAAGAUGGAAUCUGCCAUUUUGGGCACUCACUCAGAUGACUCGACGCAUUUGAAGAUGCCAAUUUGCGACUAUGUGGCUCCAAAUCCAGCAGACAAAGCCGUGGUGCCACCUCUCCAUGAUGGCAGUGGUCAAUGCACACAUUUGGGUGUAAACCACCCAGUCUUGGCCCGCUUUCUCUGCCCAAUCGGUGAGAUUGAAAAUUUCAAUGAGGACCCAACAAUUACCAUUGAAUGGCUGCAAAGUGGCAAAAUUCGCAUGGAGGCAGACACCCUUCCAGCUUUUCUUUGGAAUGGCGAUCUGCCUGGAGGCAACUAUGACCCGGACAACAUGAUGGACGGCUUUCUUGAUGGCUUUGUCCUUGAGCGUACCAUGAGACACAUAUUCACCGGCCCUUCGACUGCAUAUGGUGCACAAUCACGUGGGACACGUCCAUCCAAUGCUGCAUUGCAUGCUAUGACUACUGUUGAACCACCACACAUUGCUUAUGGCUGUGUACAGGUCCAAUUUGGAAUCAGCUCCAGAAAUACAUGGACCGAGGAGGACAGUGAUUUUAAUUACCAUGACUUCUACCGCUACAUCAUUGAGCUUAUCAAUGACUUACCUGACAACGACAAGGAACAAUUGUUGAAGGACUGGAACCUCAAACUAUUCAAGAAUGAGGCUGAAUGUGAUGUGGCUAAAGACGGUGCUGAUGAGUUUGGACCCUUGGGUGCUUGCAAGGGCGGCAGCGACUUGGCUUGCUUGCGCGCACAAAUGGCAGCUUGCAAUGCUGCGGCAAAAACUUGCGCUAUGGACUCAGAGCACCCAGCUGCACCUCUACAUCACCCAUCGCCCACUCAAGAGAAUUUGCCCCCUCCUUCAAGGACACCUCCACCUUCUUCACCGACUCGCAGGAGCCCGCAUUGUCCCACACAGCCAAAACUCACUCCCUUGUCCAAGGACACCUCCACCUUCUUCACCGGCUCGCAGCAUCCCACGAUCACGCCCUAUUGCAUGUUCAACCAAGCCAGCUGUGUCAAGUCCAUUGGCUACUCGGGAGAACUUACCAGCACCCCCUCCACCACCAUCACCAGCUCCAGCUUCAGCUCCACAUUGAGCAUUGCCAGCAAAGACUUUAUUGCAAGCCAAUUGCAACACACCUGGCAGUGA